AGCUCUGUACAAUGCACUCUCUUCCAGCCAAGCACAGCGUUACGAACAGCGAUAGCUGAUAUGGAGCACCCAGGCCUUUAUGUGAAACAGAAGCUAUUCUCUAAUGAUGGUAAUGGAAAAUAAAUUACGAGAGCAGCCUUUAUCUUGUGGACCGACGGGUAAUGUAAUAUGGUCAGACAGCUUUGAAAUAAUUAAUCUGUUGUAGGAAUAGAAGACAGCAUUGUGAUUGCAGUAAUCUGAUUUUUGCAAUGAAACGGGAGUGAAAUGGAACGAGAGGACAUAGUUUGAUUGCUGUUUCUCUUGAAGACAAUUUUCAUUUUUGAUAAUGAAGAAAAUUGGAUGAAAGGACAGCGAGCGUUUUUCUCUCAGCUCUGGCUGACGUCCAAGGGAGACUUCCUCUCCCCGGACAUCCUGAGAUUGACUGACCCAGUUCUCUCUCCCUUUAAACAGUUCAACAGUAAGAGUUCCAAACUAAGAACAGUAGGACAGCUUGGUGUGCGUGACCGAAAUAAACACUCCUUAUGCAAAUGCACAGCAAUCGAGUUGCAAAUUUUCUUUUUAAUUCUCUCACGGAUGUGGGUGCCGCUGGCUGGGUCAGCAUUUAUUGCCCAUCCUUACUUGUCCCUCCAGAAGGUGGGGGUGAGCUGCCUUCUUGAAUUGCUGCAGUCAACCUCCUAUGGGAGGUUGCCCUCAGAGAGGGAUUUUGGCCCAGCGACACUGAAGGAACAUCGAUAUAUAUCCCAGUCGGAAUGGAUGUCCAACGCGAAAAUAUGAACGCAUGAAGAUGAAAUGCCACAAUGUGUGAAGGCCAUGCCAAGAGGAAGAUGCUGUUAUAAAGGUUCAGCUAAAGACAUGAACCUGAGACAUAUCUUUUUGUCCAUUUUGUCAUUUGGAGUGGCUGGGCUGUUACUUAUCAUGUAUUUCCACGUGUGGAUUGAAGAACAGCCUGUAGUGUUGGGAUACAAGAUUCAACAGGACCAAACUACGAAGGUCUGGAUUGGACCCACAGAGAUGCAGGAGAAAAGUGCGGAGGCCAAGGCUGACCGAGUGAAGGGUCCGAGCCCCGGGACUGGGCCUGGGACUGGUACUGGGUCUGCCAGGGAUGGGACCUCUCUGAGGAAGCAAAGGAAGGUGGGGAGCCUGCUGCUGAAGAGAUUUCUCCAGCCCGAGCCACUGGGCCCGAGGAGUGAGCGGACGCUGGCGGUGGACGAGCACCACGAGCGGAGGAGGCUGCACGUCGCUGAGUUCUGCAGGAGGUAUCAGGUCAGCAGGCCCAGGGGCUCCCUUAACAGGCUUGUCUCGCGUGUGUACGUGGAGGACAGGCACAAGCUGCUGUACUGCGAGGUACCCAAGGCUGGGUGCUCCAACUGGAAGAGGGUCCUGAUGGUGCUGAACGGCCUGGCCUCCUCCCCGUACAACAUCUCCCACCAGUUUGUGCACUACGGGACACACCUCCGCCGCUUGGACAGCUACAGCCUACACAAGAGCUACCAGCUCCUGGGCAGCUUCACCAAAGUGCUGUUCGUGAGGGACCCCAUGGAAAGGCUGGUGUCCGCCUUCAGGGAUAAGUUCGAGCACCCCAACGUCUACUACCACCCGGUGUUUGGCAAGGCCAUCCUCAGGAAGUACAGAGCCAACGCCAGUGCCGAGGCACUGGGCACAGGGGCUGGCGUGACCUUCGGUGAAUUUGUUCACUAUCUCCUGGACCCACAGAAGCCCGUUGGCAUGGACAUCCACUGGGAGCCCAUCAGCCGGCUCUGCUCGCCCUGCCUCAUCGAUUACGACUUUAUCGGGAAGUUCGAGGAUCUGGAGAAGGAUGCCAACUACUUCCUGAAGCUGAUUGGUGCUCCUGUCGAUCUCCAGUUCCCCAGUUUCAAAGACCAGCAUUCCAGUGAUGAGAGAACCACGCCAUUGGUUGUCAAACACUAUCUCCUUCAGAUACCACCCUUGCAAAGGCAACAACUCUACAACCUUUAUUACCUGGACUACCUCAUGUUUAACUAUUCAAAGCCACACUUUUGAUACAUUUGGGGGGGGGCCUGAGAAAUGGCAGUAAUUUAUCAAUCAGGAAAGCCUAAUAUAUUCUGUGAUGUAGAUCUUAUUUUGAUGUCUCCUGCAGGUGGAAUCCUAUUUGAACUUGGAACCUUCAAAGUAUUUUCUUACUCUUUCUUUUACUCAGUAGAAUAAUAGGAUGAUGGGAUUGAAAAUGGUGGCCCCCACUCUCAGCUCAGUUCCUUCAAAGACAAAUGCGGUGUGCUGUUCACCUAAUUGAUGAACAGGAUAAGGUACAUAGGUGGGGUCGAAAGACUGAAAUCCUAGCCUCCGCUGAUGAAGUUAUUCCCAGCUGAGGUGCCCACAUUUUGCAUGAGGCAUUCCUGAACUGGGGAAGGGGAGAUUUGUUCCAUCAAGGUACCUAUGUGUGGGCAGAGCGAUGCAGGCUGUGGUGCACUCCACAGUUGAAUAGCAUCGUCUGGCCUCACGGUCAAGAAACCUCUUGCGUCAGGAAUGGCUUUCUCAGAGAGAAUCUUGGAGGUUGUCAUCCCAUCCCUGGGGCAAGAGUCUUCAGGGGUGAAAAGGAAAUGAUGGAGAAAAUUGUAAGGGGACUGAUAAGGUAGAUGUUUACAGCUAGCAGUCUAUGAGGUGAUAAUUACUCCUAACUCUUUAUUUCCAAUCAGGAUGAUGUGUAACUGAGGGAGAGAAUGUUGGAUCAUCCUGGUGUAUCUCUUUUUUUCACUCUGCACGACCAGCUGAGUGGAUUUGGAAAUGAUUUCCCCAGUUGCCCUUUCUAAAGGUGCUUGGAUUUUCCUUCCUUCACUCAGGCGAUAUUGGUGUCUCUGAAAAGAACAGCAAUUACCCAUCCCUAAUUGCCCCUCAAACUGUGUGGCUUGCUCAGUCAUAAGACAUAGAAGUGAAAGUGGGCCAUUCAGCCCAUCGAAUCUGCUCUGCCUUUCAAUGAGGUCAUGACUGUGGGCCAUUACAGGGGGGCAGUUAAGAAUCAACCGCAUUGCUGAGUGUCUGCAGCCACAUGUAGGCCAUGCUGCAUAAGGAUGGCAGAUUUACCUAUCUAAAAGGAUAUUAGUGAGCCAGGGUUCUGAGGAAGGGUCACUCGACAUC